UUUUUUUCUUCGCUGAAAUGUUUUGCACCGGACUAACAAACAAGCAUUAAUGUAUGUCGUAAAAUAUAUUUUCGGUUUGAAGCAAUCAGAUGUUCCGUUGUUGCUCUGUGCGUUGUUCCCAGCGAAUCAUAUCGCGACGUGCACACGAUUGGGUAGUGGGUUAGGUUGUCGAGACUAGUGCUAGAUAACUUUCAUUAUUUAGAAAAAAAAGUGAGAAACCUGCAGCUCCUGAGAGAAUGCCUCAGACGAGUAAAGUGAAUAGUUCUGCAGCAGGCGGCCCUGGGCAGGUGUCUGCACCAGACCAUGGUGAGCCGCCACCACCCCAAGCCGAGCCCAGGGACCUGGCUGCGGGGGAUGGAGGAGUAGGAGGUGAUGAAGACCAGGGAGACCUCCAGAUCAACAAGUCACCCAGCGAUCCUAAGAAGUACAGGUAUAUCGAGCUGACCAAUGGCCUGAGAGUUCUCCUCAUCUCAGACUUUAGCGGGGCAGACGGCAAGGACGCCUGCGGAGAGGAGGAGGAGGAGGAGGAAGAGGACGGAGCAUCAGGAGGUGGUGAGGAAGCGGAAGAAGAGGGGGAUUCAGGGGAGGGCACAGAAGAGGAGGACGAGGAUGCGGAAGAAGAGCACGACAGUGACUUUGAGGAGCUAGAUGAGGAGCAAGAAGGGAAACAGAAGAAGCGGAGUUCAGAGAAACAGUCUGCAGCUGCUCUCUGUAUCAGUGUGGGGAGCUUCAGUGACCCGGAGGACCUUCCAGGCCUGGCCCAUUUCCUUGAGCACAUGGUGUUCAUGGGCAGUGAGAAGUACCCCGCUGAGAACGGUUUCGAUGCCUUCCUGAAGAAGCACGGCGGAAGCGACAAUGCCUCCACCGACUGUGAGCGGACCAUCUUCCAGUUUGACGUCCAGAGGAAGUACUUCCGCGAGGCUCUCGACAGAUGGGCCCAGUUCUUCAUCUGCCCGCUGAUGAUCGAGGACGCCAUCGACAGAGAGGUGGAAGCAGUGGACAGUGAGUACCAACUGGCUCGUCCAUCAGACUCCCACCGCAAGGAGAUGCUGUUCGGAAGCCUGGCCAGGCCCAAGCACCCCAUGGGCAAGUUCUGCUGGGGAAAUGCUCAGACCCUGAAGCACGAGCCCAGAGAGAAGCAGAUCAACACCUACCAGCGUCUCCGAGACUUCUGGAAGAGAUACUACUCUGCUCACUACAUGACCCUCACAGUGCAGUCCAAAGAGACAUUGAACACACUGGAGGAAUGGGUUAGAGAGGUCUUCAGCAAGGUGCCCAACAACGCCCAACCGAGGCCUGACUUCUCUGACCUCCAGGACCCGUUCGACACACCAACCUUCAACAAGCUCUACAGAAUUGUUCCUGUGAGGAAGGUGCAUGCUCUCACAGUCACCUGGGCGUUACCUCCUCAGGGCAAGCAGUACAGGGUGAAGCCCCUGCACUACAUCUCCUGGUUGAUUGGGCACGAAGGCGCCGGCAGCAUCCUAUCCUUGCUCCGGAAGAAGUGCUGGGCCCUGGCUCUGUUUGGAGGGAACAGUGAGACAGGCUUUGACCAGAACACCACCUACUCCAUAUUUUCCAUAUCCAUCACGCUCACUGACGAAGGAUUCCAGAACUUUCAUCAGGUGGUUCAUCUAGUGUUCCAGUAUAUGAAGAUGCUGCAGACUCUGGGUCCACAGCAGAGAAUCUAUGAAGAAAUCCAGAAGAUCGAAGCCAAUGAGUUCCACUACCAGGAGCAGACCGACCCCAUAGAGUACGUGGAGAACAUCUGUGAGAACAUGCAGCUCUUCCCCAAAGAGGACUUCCUGACUGGAGACCAGCUCAUGUUUGAGUAUAACCCAGAGGUGAUCUCCUUGGCCCUGGCCCUGCUUACCCCAGAGAGGGCCAACCUGCUACUGCUGUCCCCGGAGCACGAGGGCUACUGCUCCCACAAGGAGAAGUGGUUCGGCACCAACUACAGCAUGGAGGACCUCCCUGAGGAGUGGGCACGGCGCUGGGCCGGAGACUUUGACCUCAACCCCGACCUCCACCUGCCUGCUGAGAACAAGUUCAUUGCAACGGAUUUCACCCUGAAACCAUCGGACUGUCCAGACACAGAAGUCCCGGUGCGGAUAGUGAACAAUGAGAGGGGCUGUCUCUGGUUCAAAAAGGACAAUAAGUUCAAGAUACCUAAAGCUUAUGUCCGUUUCAACCUCCUCUCCCCAAUGAUUCAGAAAUCUCCAGAGAACCUGGUGCUGUUUGACAUCUUUGUGAACAUCUUGGCCCAUAACCUGGCAGAGCCAGCCUACGAGGCUGAUGUGGCCCAACUGGAGUACAAACUGAUUGCUGGGGAGCACGGACUCGUCAUCAGGGUCAAGGGCUUCAACCACAAGCUGCCUUUGCUGUUGAACUUGAUAGUGGACCACCUGGCAGACUUCACGGCUGAGCCCGGUGUGUUUAACAUGUUCGCAGAGCAGCUGAAGAAGACCUACUUCAACAUCCUCAUCAAGCCAGAGAGGCUGGGGAAGGACGUGCGUCUGUUGAUCCUGGAACACUGUCGCUGGUCGGUCAUCCAGAAGUACCAGGCCAUCAUGAAGGGCCUCACCGUGGAUGACCUCAUGACCUUUGUCAGCAGCCUCAAAGCCCAGCUCUACACCGAGGGGCUGGUGCAGGGCAACUUCACGAGCACUGAGUCAAUGAAGUUUCUGCAGUAUUUUAUUGACAAACUGCAGUUCAAGCGUCUGUCCGUGGAGGUCCCUGUGCUCUUCAGAGUGGUGGAGCUUCCUCAGAAGCCUCACCUGUGCAAAGUCAAGUCCCUCAACAAAGGAGAUGCCAACUCUGAAGUUACUGUCUACUACCAGUCAGGCCUGAAGAACCUGAGAGAACACACGCUGAUGGAGUUACUGGUGAUGCACAUGGAGGAGCCUUGCUUUGAUUUCCUCAGGACAAAGGAGACUCUUGGCUAUCAGGUGUACCCCACAUGCAGAAACACUUCGGGUGUCCUAGGCUUCUCCAUCACCGUGGAAACGCAGGCCACCAAGUUCAACACGGACUACGUGGAGACCAAGAUCGAGGAGUUCCUGGUGAGCUUCGGGGAGAAGAUGACCAACCUCACGGACGAGGCCUUCAAGACCCAGGUGACCGCUCUCAUCAAGCUCAAAGAGUGUGAGGACACGCACCUGGGGGAGGAGGUGGACCGCAACUGGUUCGAGGUAGUCACCCAGCAGUACGUCUUCGACCGACUCAACAGAGAGAUUGAGGCUCUGAAGCUCAUCACCAAAGCAGAGCUGGUGUCCUGGUUCAUGGAGCACAGGGACACCACCAGCAAGAAACUCAGCGUGCACGUGGUAGGCUUCGGAGAAGAGGAGAACGACCAGGUAGGCCAGAGCAGCUGCGGCCCGAACCCCGCAGGGGGCGAAGUGGACCAAGACCAGGCCCUUAAAACCUCCUCCUACGGAGAAGUGUCCAAGCUGACCUUCCUGCCCGCCUCGCCCAUGCUGGCCGACGCCACGCUCAUCAACGACAUCCGCGCGUUCACCUCCUCCCUCACCCUCUACCCCUACCACAAAAUCCUCAAGUAAAUCGGUUCCGCAAAGCGGGAGGCGAAUGAAGGAGCAGGGGGAGCCAUAUUAGCUCAGGACAACGAUCCAGGCCAGGCCACAACGCAGUGCAGUGGCGUCUUCAGAAGGGAAACCCUCCUUUCUCCCUCUUCGUUCCCCACCGUUUCACUUUCUCUUUUCAUCCAAGAUAAUAAAAUAACAGCAGCAGCAGGCACUAGUAUUAAUAAUUGCAAUCACCACUAGUUCGCUAGGCACAAAAGCAGCCGGUGUUAAACGAAAUUGGUCGAGAGCUUGUCCUUUUUAUUCUCACCGGUCCCUGAUGGAUUGAAUCGGAGGAAUCACCUUUGCUGUGAAUGUUAGCAGUAGGGACUCUGGGUCUGGCUGGCAGGGAGGGCAGACAGAGAGGGUGGAAAAGAGGAACGGGUUCUAUCAUGUAUCUGUCAUUAUCUUCAUUUUGUUGUUAUUUGAACUUACUAUCACAUAUCGUAUGAAACAUCACCUCUAACAUUGAUGAAGGAUUGUGUGUAAUUUGAACAAUGGACAUCAGGGUUAACAUCUGUUCAAGCUGUAAGAUUCUGACCGUAGAAAAGUCAAGUGUGUUUGUCAUGCCAGUGAGCCUGAUUCCAUGUUCGGUAUGUGACAUAGUUUGAUUUUGUUUUCCAGGUAUGGUUUUAACUGUAAUUGUGUUUUGUAAAGAAGGCUAACUGUUACUGUAUACUGUAGGUUUAACAUUUCAGCCCUACCUCUUGCCUUUUAAAACCACUGGAAGACUGGCAUGUUUUAAUCUGUAGCCUGUUGUUAUCAUCAUCUUUACAUGUAAAUAUUUAUUAAACGUGAAAUGUCGGAUGUUC